AUGCAGACUGCUUCUACAAACAUUUGUGAAAUACUGUGCAAUAAGUCCGUCCAUGAAAUUUCCUUGCUACUAAAUAUUCCACGGUCAACUGUUAGUGGUAUUAUAACAACGUGGAAGCAACUGGGAACAACAGCAACUCAGCCACAAAGUGGUAGGCCACGUAAAAUGACAGAGUGGGGUCAGCGCAUGCUGAAGCCCACAGUGCGCAGAAGUCGCCAACUGCCUGCAGAGUAAAUAGCUAAAGACCUCCAAACUUCAUGUGGCCUUCAGAUUAGCACAACAACAGUCUGUAGAGAGCUUCAUGGAAUAAGUUUCCAUGACCGAGCAGCAGCAUCCUUACAUCACCAGGUGCAAUGCAAUGAGCCAGCUGCAGUGGUAUAAAGCACACCGCCACUGAAUUCUAG